AUGGUUGCAUCCCUGCAGGCCAACUCCCGACGGACAUCCUCGCGCAGGCUGCAUCGCUUUCGCACCAGUAAAGGAAUCGGCUACUCUGCACAUUUCGUGGGCAACUGUCUGAUCGUGACAUCGCUGAAGUCUAAAGGCAAAGGCUUCCAGCACUGUGUCAAAUAUGACUUUCAACCUAGGAAGUGGAUUGUAUACUGUCACGGCUCAUUACGUAUACCCAACAUCUACAACCGCUGGAGGAACAGUGAGAUCCGUUGCUACGUCAACGGUCAGCUGGUCUCCUAUGGCGACAUGGCCUGGCACGUCAACACCAGCGAUAGUUAUGAUAAGUGCUUCCUGGGUUCGUCAGAGACAGCUGAUGCUAACAGGGUAUUCUGUGGUCAGCUGGGGGCCAUCUAUGUGUUCUCUGAGGCUCUCAACCCAGCUCAGAUAUUUGCCAUUCAUCAGCUGGGAGCGGGCUAUAAGAGUACGUUUAAGUUUAAGUCGGAGAGUGACAUCCACCUGGCGGAGCACCAUAAGCAGGUCCUGUAUGAUGGGAAGCUGGCCAGCUCCAUCUCCUUCACCUACAACGCCAAGGCUACAGACGCCCAGCUCUGCCUGGAGUCAUCACCCAAGGAAAACGCCUCCAUCUUUGUCCACUCACCCCACGCCCUUAUGCUACAGGAUGUGAAGGCCAUAGUGACCCACUCCAUCCACAGUGCCAUCCACUCAAUAGGAGGGAUCCAGGUGCUGUUCCCUCUCUUCUCCCAGCUGGACUACCAUCAACCCAAUGCCCAGCACAACUACCAGCACCAUGAGACCCAGCUGGAGACUACCGUCUGUGCCACCCUCCUGGUGUUCCUSGUUGACCUGUUGAAGAGCUCGGUGGCGAUGCAGGAACAGAUGCUGGGAGGGAAAGGAUUCCUUGUAAUCGGGUUUCUGCUGGAGAAGGUCCAGCUCUCUCUGUACACAUACCUGUCUGCAGAGUUUAUCGGCACGGCAACCAUCUACAACACCAUCCGUCGUAUUGGGACUGUGCUGCAGCUGAUGCACAGUCUGAAGUACUACUACUGGACCUGCAACCCUGAGGCCAGCAGUGGCAUUACACCUAAAGGACUGGAUGGUCCAAGGCCCACCCAGCAGGAGAUCAUCUCUCUCAGGGCUUUCAUGUUGCUGUUCCUUAAACAACUCAUCCUCAAGGACCGAGGCGUGAAGGAGGAUGAGCUGCAGAGUAUCCUGAACUACCUGCUAACCAUGCAUGAGGAUGAUAAUACCAUGAUGUUUUCAGCUGGUAGUGGCUUCCUGAUGGUGAUGUCCGCUGUGGCCUCGAAGACUGGAGAUCCAGAGUCCAGUCCCUCAAAGUCCUAG